AUGGGUUGCGCCUUCGGCAGACGUGAUUCGUACAGGGUUGAAGGAAAAACAGGCGAAGAAUUGAAAUUUCAACGGGGCCCAACAACCGUAAUUGAGCCGACUAAAUCUUAUCCAUAUGUGAAUAAUAAUGCAACGGUCGCAACUAUGAAGCCAUCGCAGCAACAACUGAAAUAUCUUCAGCAACCGCCACUGGUAGAAAUACCAGUAGAAUCUCUCCCAGCAGAAUUAUUGAAUACAACAGAUAAAAAGCCAGCAGAUAUGCACCUCGAUCUUCCUCCAUCACAUCCGGCUGAUAAGAGGCUAUUAGAUAAAAUUUAUGGUUCAAUGCUUGGAAUGGCUAUUGGAGAUGCAUUAGGCGCUCAUGUUGAAUUUAGACCAAGAGCGUACUUAGAGCAAAAUCCUGUACAAGAUUUACAAGGGGGCGGUACGUGGGGUUUAGAAGCUGGACAAUGGACAGACGAUACUUCAAUGGCAUUGUGUCUAGCAGCAAGUCUUAUUGCAAAGAAAGGUUUUGAUCCUUAUGAUCAACUUGUUCGAUACAAAUGGUGGUGGAGGAAAGGCUACAUGUCAUCGACUGGAAAAUGCUUUGAUAUAGGAAAUUCAACGAAAGCAGCGCUGGACGAAUUUGUUAAGAGACAGCAUCAGUUCGCACAAGAAUACCAUAUUCAAGAUUUCAAAGAGCUUGAUUUAUUACCACAUGAUUUAUCAACAAAAUUUGAUACUAAAUGCAGUCGCGAAGAUGUUGACAGUAAUGGUUCCCUGAUGCGUCUCGCUCCUGUGCCAUUAUUUUUCUGUCAGGCAACAACGCCAGUUCAUGCCAUUUAUUAUGCUGGUGUCAGUUCUGAAAUAACUCACGGUGGACAGAAAGCAGUAGAUGCUUGUCGUUUCUAUGCAUCCUUACUGUAUGCUGCGCUUAAUGGUACGUCGAAAAAGGAAUUUAUGGACAGAAUGUUCUAUGAUCGAUGUUUUCAAGCUGGUUGGUAUGGCGAUAAACCGUUACAUCCUGAUAUCGUUCAGAUCGCUAAUGGUUCAUAUCAAGAAAAAAAUCGAAGUGAAAUAAAAGCGGGUGCAAUGGCCGUACAAACAUUAGAAGCAGCGUUAUGGGCUUUCUACAACGACAAUAAUUCUUUUCAUAAUGGUGCUUUGAAAUGUGUUAAUCUAGGCGAUGAUACAGAUACCGUAGCAGCCAUUUAUGGUCAAUUAGCUGGUGCUACUUAUGGUGAACAGCAAUUACAUCCACAAUGGUUAGAACGAGUAUAUGCUGGAAAUUUUAUUGCUGAGAUUUCAAAGUGGCUCCAGUACGAAGGUUAUCAGUGGAAAGAGAAAAGAAGAGAAUACGCAAAAAAAUUAAAAAACUAA